UGUACAUUAAGUUUAGUAAAGUGUGUCUGGCAAUAUUUUGAAAAAAUGGAGUUUUGCUUACCUGAACCAAAACCGUCUAUUAAAAGCAUACAUGGCCCCACCACAUUCGAAGAGGCAAUAGAGAAAACUGGAUUUGGAAAAUUCAAUAUUUUACUUGUACUAGCAGCCGUUUGCGGAAUAUUUGCUCCAAUAUUUGAAACAACGACGAUGUCCUAUAUUUUUGCUCCUGCACAAUGUGAUCUUAACCUUUCCUUACAGGAUAAAGGUUAUCUUAACUGCAUAGCUUACGCAGGAAUGAUAUCCACAUCGUUUAUAUGGGGAUUUCUUUUGGAUACCUUUGGAAGGAGGAAAUUUAUGGUAUAUGGAUUUUUGUUAGACGCAAUUGUUGUGUUUAUCAGUUCUUUUUCACAAAGUCUUGAAAUGUUAAUGAUUAGCAAAUUUAUUGGAGGUGUCAUAAUUAAUGGACCAUUUACAGCAAUGGCCACUUAUUUGGGUGAAUUUCACUCAGCUCAGUACAGGUCAAAAAUACAACUGGUCAACGGAGCACUAAUGUGUACAGGACAGGUGAUAAUGCCGUUAUUGGCAUGGGGAAUUUUACCAUUACCAAUUAACUGGUCACUUUUUAAUGGAUUAGUUCAAUUUCGUUCGUGGAAUUUAUACCUUUUUAUAAUUGGACUAUUUCCACUUGCCAGUGGAGUGAUCUUUUGUUUUCUUCCGGAAAGUCCAAAAUUUUUAAUGACGAUUGGAAAAAAUGAGGAAGCAAUGAAAAUACUUCAACGAGUUUAUAGCAUUAACACUGGAAAGCUUCCAGAAACAUAUCCGGUAAAAGAAUUAUUAAAGGAGACUGACGAAUCACACCAAAAUCUAUCAGUAAAACAUGCAAUGAAAGAAGAAUUUUCAAAUUUGUUUCCACUUUUUAAGGCUCCAUAUUUAUCUAAAUUUGCAUUGCUCUGUAUAAUACAGUUUCUUUUAUUUCAAAGUAUGAAUAUGUUGAGAUUGUGGUCUCCCCAGUUGUUUCAAGCAAUGGAGGAUUACAAAAUUUUUAACAAUGGAAGUACUGCAGAUUUAUGUUCCAUGUUGGAUGUUCUUCAACCUAAAAAUACUAGUAGCUGUACAACGAACGUUGGAAGCUCAGGAGUUUAUAUCAAUUCCAUGAUCGUAUCCACUUCAGCAAUUGCAGGAUAUUUUGUCACAAUAAGUGUUAUUAAUCUUUUGGGAAAAAAACCAGUACUAGUGCUCUACGCUUUGACCGCAGCAGGUUGUAGUAUGGCACUAUAUUUUUCGAGCAGUAUAGAAGUGACCACUACCUUGAUUACGAUCUUUACUGCCAUUGGAAAUAUAGCAGUAAAUAUAGUUGUGUCAGUUGUAGUAGAUCUUUUUCCAACAACUUUAAGAGCAUUUACAAUAUCUUUAGUAAUGGCAUGUGCAAGAUUUGGAGCGCUAACUGGUAAUAUUGAAUUUCCUAUUCUUGUAAGUUUGGGUUGUGCACCUCCAUUCUUUGUCGUUGGAAGCAUUAUGGCAGCCGGAAGUCUUUUGUCAUUAUUACUACCAAGAACAGAUAAAAGAGCUAUGGUUUGAACAAAGCAGCGUGGCAAAUAACCAGUUGUGUAUGAAGUUAAUAGCAUGAAAAUUACCAUCCCUUACCAAUCAAAAGAUAAGAUUGAAAAUAUGUAAGCCUUCCAUGGUUUGAAAGAGAUCACUUGUUAUGUCUAUUUAUUAUGUUAAGAGGACUCUCUAGUAAAUAAAAUUAAAAUCUAACAAAUAUUUUAUUUUAAAACAAUUUUACUAAAUUAAAGAGAAUAAAU